UUAUCUAUUUUCUGAAUCUAACCCUAACCCAACAUUACACAGGCUUUGCUUCUUCUUCUUCUAUUUCCUCCUGAUUCUUGCAGACCAACUUCAAUUUCACUCUCUUCCUGUAUUUAACUUCCUUUCUGUUAAUUAAGUUCUAUCAAAACAAGCUAUUCAUCAAAUUAGAUUAUUGUAACCUGGCUGCUACUUUCAAAUUUCAUAUAUUGGAAUUCAGCAAUUCAAUUAAUAUAUUGUAUACAACCCAGUCAUCAGGUUGAGAUAUUCAUCGCUACAUAUAUAGAAAGAUAGAAGAAAGGAGAAGCAAUGGAUUCUCUUCCUUUCCACGCAGCAAGAGAUCUCCACCUGCACCACCAACACCAGUUUCACUCCUUACAACAAAACACCGAAGACGAACAAAGCAGAAGCAACGGAGGCCUAAACAUGGCCCACAAAAGAGAACGCGAAGAAAACAACACCACCAACAGCAAUAACAGUGAUGGAAAAGAAGGAGGUGGUGGCGGCUCCGGAGAAACCGAGAUUUCGAGAAGACCUCGCGGAAGACCCGCCGGAUCCAAGAACAAGCCCAAACCCCCGAUCAUCAUCACGCGCGACAGCGCCAACGCCCUCAAAACGCACGUCAUGGAAGUCGCCGACGGCUGCGACAUCGUCGAGAGCGUCUCCACAUUCGCACGCCGCCGCCAGAGAGGCGUUUGCAUCAUGAGCGGCACGGGAACCGUCACCAAUGUCACCCUACGCCAACCCGCUUCUUCCGGCGCCAUCGUCACGCUCCACGGCAGGUUCGAGAUCUUGUCCCUCGCCGGAUCCUUCCUCCCACCUCCGGCGCCGCCCGCUGCUACCGGUUUGACGAUAUAUCUGGCUGGAGGACAAGGGCAGGUAGUAGGAGGAAGCGUGGUUGGCGCACUCAUUGCUUCGGGGCCUGUGGUUAUCAUGUCAGCUUCGUUCAGCAACGCUGCGUAUGAGAGACUUCCGUUGGAAGAUGAAGACCCUUCGAUGCCGCUUCAGGGAGGUUCGAUUGGGUCACCAGGCGGCGGCGGCGGCGGCGGGGUGGGUCAAGCGCAGACACCUCAGCCUCUUCUGGGGGAUUCCACUGCUCCUCUUUUUCACGGUUUGAAUCCGAAUCUUCUGAAUUCCGUUCAGAUGCCUUCGGAAACGUUCUGGGCAACGGGUCGCUCUCCUUACUGACAUGUACCAGUAACAGUAACAGUAACAGUGUGGAUGGUUGGUGUAAGUGAAACGCUAUCUAUCAAUCGCUGUGCCUGCUUAAUUUCCUUGAUUAAUGCCUUUUGUUUUUAGCUUUUUUGGGUGGGUCGGGUACGUACGUAGCAAGAGAUUCACCAAACUGUCAGUGUUACCAAAAGCUAGGGAAUAGUGAUCCUAAGUUGAACCAACGUGCCAUUCUGGUUCCAUUCGCUUCUUUCGUAGUUUUUGUCUGUCAUUUCUAUUAUUACUUAGGUAUAUCUUCACGUGUAUUUCAGACUGUAAUUAAAUUCAUGGAUUGAUGCAUCACAUUGCCUACUUUUAUUCUAUUUAUGGAAAGACAAAAACGGUCAAUCAAUUUACUUCCACCGGAAAAGUAGUACAAGCUGGUCGAAGAGAACGACGUAGAACACCAAGAUAUUCUGGACCGAUUAUCGAGUUCUAGUUCUACUGCAUGUCGUGUCUUCAAUCGAACACAUUGUGUUUGAAGACUCACAUUUUCAGUUGUUAUUCAUUGAAUCAUUGCAAUAUUCCUCGUUUUUCUGUGGUGCUUGUUAUAUCAGCGCAGCAUGAAGCAGGUUUAGCAACCAAAGAACAAUCAAUGGUUUUGGGUAUCUCGCAUUUCCGAACUCAAGGUAACGGCGGUCCUUCUGUUCUUUUCAGUUUGAUGCUUUGGUUAAUUUAUGUUAACACAUAUAUAUGCAUUAUACUGUGGUGGAUUUAUUGAAUAGUGAUAGUGAUUUCUUGAGGAAA